AACUUUCGGCUGUUCUGUCGAUCAGAUCUCCGCGACUUUUAUUCAUAAAAUACCGGAUUAUUACGCUGGUGGAAAAUGUAUCGGCAUGUUUUGUUCAGAUACAGCGCGUGCUUUCAGUGUAUCAGCUCCGCCCAUAAUUAUUGCAGGAUAACCCAUAGACGAUUUUCUUCUUUGUUUAUAUGAAAUUUGGCACGUGCCGUGUCAGAAUUAGGUAUAAAAAGGACAAGAUCGACGUUGUUUUUUGAUUGAUUGCAGAUCAUUUCUGACGUAUAGGAGCCAAGCUAUGCAUUUGCUCAUACGUCUGGUCGUGUGUACUUUCGUCGUUCAAUGGAGCUCGUGUUGGAACAACGACUGGGACGGGCCACUUAGGAUCAAUUGUCCAAGCUAUAUGUUCGUUGCAACCGUAAGGAGCGAACAUAGUAAUACCCAUGAGGACAGACGGUUUCUUUUGACUUGCCGAAACGUCGCACCGGGUCUGCACCCAAAUAAAGGAUCAUGGUGCAAACAUUCAGGAAAUGUCAAUAACUAUGAUCAAACUGUGAACUACCAAUGCGAAGGAAAUGGGUACAUAAGCGGAAUGGAAAGUGUCCACAACAACGGUCACGAAGACAGGAUAUGGGGUUACCGGUGCUGCUGGAUGCGCGGUAUUAGCAUGGACGGAUGCUAUAGUACGGGCUGGACCAAUGAAUGGGAUGGCGUACAGAACUACCGUGUGCGCGAUGGCUAUGCGAUGGUAGGCGUGCAUUCGGUGCAUGACAACACUAGAGAGGACCGACGUUUCGAGUACCGGAUUUGCAAAAUUACUUACGUUGCUUAAUUGCUUCUACGUUGGAUUUCUUUUUGUUAAAACCAUACAUUGGAAUUGGCUACAAGAAGAAGAUCCAUAAGAAUACAAACUACGAAACAAAAUAUUUCAGACAAUGCACGAAAUUACUGGCAUACUUAUUUGCGUCCAGGUGCCUCUUUCUUUUCUGUCCUUUUGUAAUGUCUGUAUGUAUUUAAUGUAUUUCCCAGCAAUAAACAAGUUUCUUGAAAA